GCAAGAAAUACAACCAAAACUCCCAUUGAUCACCUUCUUCACUCGAGGCUUCCUUGAUCUUCAAAAUGUCGUCACCCAAGUUGGUUUAUCUCGCCUUAGCUCUAACCGUAGCCCUUUCGCUGCAACCCACCAGCUAUGGAGCAGAACCUCUGCUUCAUCGCUGCGCAGGCUCAUCAAACUACACCUCCACCAGCUUCAAUCUCCAGCGCGUUCUGUUAUCCCUGAACAUAAAGACUGCAGCCACUGGAUUCAGCAUGAGCAGUGCCGGAAAGAAUUCAGACCGCGUGAGCGGUCUUUCUCUCUGCAGGGGUGCUGUUUCUGGCAGUGACUGCCGGACCUGCGUCAAAGAUGCCUCCAUUGCUAUCCAGCAGCGUUGUCCCAAUCAAAAGCAGGGAAUCAUAUGGUAUGAUAAUUGCAUGCUGCGCUACUCGGAUUUACAAUUCUUCGGUAAGAUCGACUCAGAGAACAGGUUCUUUAUAUGCAACACCCAGAACGUGAGCAAUCCGGAAGUAUUCAACAAGAGAGAGGGAGAACUAAUGUCUGCCCUGUCAAGAGGUGCAUCAACUAGCCCCUUAUACUAUGCAGUCGGCGUGAUUGAAUCUGGAGAAGGAUCAAAUAUCUAUGGGCUGGCUGAAUGCACCAGAGAUCUGUCUAGCGCAGAUUGCAAGACUUGUCUUGAUAACGCAAUUGCUAGCCUUCCAAGCUUCUGUGGUGGGAAGAAAGGAGGAAGGUCCGUUUCUGGAAGUUGCAGUCUUCGAUAUGAGAUUUAUCCCUUCUUCAAGCAGUAGAAACCGGUUUCAUUGUAAAGGCGUACCAACAAAACAAGGAAACAAACAAAUACGACCAUAUUUUUAAAAAAUUGAAAUGCUAGUUCAAGCGAUCU